AUGGCGGCGGCGCAGGAAGAGGAGCCAGGCGGCGCUGGGCGCGCCCGGGUGGGCCUGUGCGUGCUGUGCGGGCUACCGGCGGCCGGCAAGUCCACCCUGGCCCGCGCCCUGCGCUGCCAACUGCCGCAGCGCCUAGGCUGGGCCUGCGCCCUCCUCACCUACGACGAGCUGAUCCCGCCAGAAGCCUUCGGCCCGUGCGAGCUGGAAGCGGGGUCGCAGGAACCGUCCUCAUUGCUGCCGCGCUGGAAGCGGAGCCGGCGGGAGCUGCUGCAGUGCCUAGAGAGCUUCCUGCUGGCGCUGCUCACCAGGGACCCGCUCUCCCGCCCUGCCGCCGCCACCCAGCCGGCCUGGGAGCGCUUCCUGGCCUGCUGCCGGCAGCAGGGGCUGCUCUCAGCAGAAAGCCACGCCGGAGCUAGUUACCGGACAUUGGGAGACGCGUCUCGGCCGCUCUACCUGAUCUUGGAUGACAACUUUUAUUACCAGAGCAUGAGAUAUGAGGUGUACCAGCUGGCUCGCAAAUAUUCCUUGAGCUUCUGCCAGCUAUUUUUAGAGUGUCCACUUGAAUGCUGCUUGCAGAGAAAUCGUCUCAGAAGCCAGCCCAUACCUGACCAGACAAUAUGCUUGAUGGCAAACAAAAUAGAAAUGCCUGAUCUCAAGAAAAAUGCCUGGGAGCAGAACAGCCUCCUUCUGCCAAGUGGUGGUGGCACUUCAGAGGAUCAUUGUCAGAUAAUUAGUUUGCUGGCCAGGGCUUUGGAAAACCCACUCAAGCAGAACGAGGAGAGCACUGAGAACAAGGAAGCAGACCGAGCAAUCUGUGCAGCUAGUGCCAUCCAUCAGGCAGACCAGACCUGCAGGCGCAUCAUCUCCCAGGCCAUGAAGGAUGCUAAAGAUACAGGUAAUAAAAAGGUACUCCCAGGGGAGAUGAAGAGCCUGGCAGAAGAACUCGGCAAACUCAAAGCAGAAUUUCUGGAAGACUUGCGUCAGGGAAAUAAUUGGAAAGACCAAAUUUGCCUGGAAAAAACUGCAAAGAACCAGAAGCCCGGCCACUGUGUGCAUGUAGGGUUAACUCCAGCCUCCAAAGGAACUGAAAAUUUGGUGCUAGCUUCAAAGCUGCUAAUACCAACAUACACAGAAGCUCCACAUGCAGUGACACCACCUCACUAUGACAAACACUUUGAUUUCAGACACAGAACUCUUGAUAAGAAGGAAACAGGAGUAUGA